AUUAUAAUUCUGUUAUCCUCUAAUCUUUACUUGCUCUGCCACCACUGCUCAUCAACAAUUCCACUCAACCUUUGACCUUCAUCAAACUUGCAACUCUCUCUCUCUCUCAAACUCUCUUUUUCUCUUUCUAUAUAUAUAUAUAUAUCUACUUUCCUUGUCCUUCUCUUUCUAUCUCUCUCUAUUCUCUCCGUUUUUUUAAAUUCUAUACUGCUUCAUCUUGACAUACGAGCCACCGCAAUUCAUUUCAAUUUCAAUUCCAAUUCCAAUUCCAAUUCCAGUUCGGAUUGACUCGGCUUUACUUUCUUGAUAUCUGAAAACCCCACAGCACAACAGAAUCAAUUCCAAACCUAGAAACAUCCAGACAUCUUUUUGUUUUAUUUUGUUUUUGUUUAUGAUGGAAAAUUUCAGCUCUCUUUUGCUUCAGAAAGUACUAGAGGAAGUGAGCCAGCUAUUUUUCUUCUGAUCAUUGAGAAGCGGAUUAAGGUAAUUUUAGGAAAUGGGAUGCCUUGUAUCGACUCCAAAGGACACUGGUGGAAACAGGAGGAGGCCAGCAAACAUCGGAGAUGUCUCUGUUUUUGUUCCAGGUUUACGGAUCCCUAAGUCGGUUGAUUUCUCUCAGUCGCUGGGAGAUCACCUGGCUAAAAGCUUAGUUGAACGUCUUUCUGCUCUUAGAACCAGGAUAGUUGUUAUGGCUGCGCAAGAAGCUCCAACAAUUACAAGAACCAGACGCAAAUCUGCUACCCAACAUGGGGGUUCAACGCUGGGUGAUCUUCUACAGGCUCUAGAAGAUUAUUUGCCAGUUCUUUUGGGAUUGGUUAAAGAUGGGAGUCCUUUGCAACACAAAAUACAGUUUGUUUGGGUCAAUCAAGAGGAUGAAGCAGAGGAAACAGCAAUGUAUAGUGCUUGGUAUGAAGUAUUAUCUGUUUUGCACUUGAUGGCAACACUAUCAUUAUCACAAGCUAAUUUAUUACUGCUUCCAAGAACAUCACUUGAUGGUUAUCAGCCAAAGGUAUCAGAAGAGAACCGACGAUCUUCUGUUGAUGUUUUCUUAAAGGCAGCAGGUUAUCUUGAUUGUGCUGUCCGACAUGUUCUUCCGCAGCUGCCCAAUGAACUCAGGAGAAAUCUUCCAGUGGACCUUGCUGAAGGAGUCCUAAGAGCACUUUGCCUGCAGGCACUAGGACAGGGUGUUGAUAUUCAGCUGGGACUUGCUAUUGACAGUACUAAGGCUACACUAGCUGUGAAAAGAAGACUUGCUUGUGAGAUGGUAAAAUACUGGCAGCAGGCCCAAGACAACAUCAUGAACGUUCCACUAGCAAAUGGUUGGGGUGAAAAGCAUAGGCUAUUCGUGAAGUGGAAAUACAUUGAAGCUAAGGCUGCAGCAUAUUACUAUCAUGGCCUAAUUCUUGACGAGGGGAAUACCGAGAAGUCUCAUGGAAUGGCUGUUGCUGCUCUGCAGGCAGCAGAUGAGUAUCUCAAAGAGAGUAAGAAGGCAUGUGAAGCUUUUCAUGCAUCUAUUCCUGUGUCAAGGAAUCCUCCACUUUGGGGAACCAUGAAGUAUCUGUCUGAAAAGAUUCCCAAGGAUACUUCUAGCAAAGUGCGAAUCAACAGGGACCUAUACUCUCAUGAAAAAAUUAUGGAGACGGCACCAACACUGCCAGAUUUCGCGUUGGCCCUCAAACCUGAUGAAUAUCAGCUUCCUCUUGUGGAUGUCUCUUGGAAUGAAGAAGCUACGAAGAAGGGUCAACUCAGCUCCAAUAAGAGUAUCCAACACAUUGCAAUGAGUGCUUGAUUGGUUGUUAAAAAAAAAUAUUGGGUUGCGGUGUCUGGAAAAAGGUGGUGACACCAUUCCUUCAUCUUGCGAUCUUCUGGUUGAGUGAAGAAGUUGUAGAGAGGCUUGUAAAAUUAACUGUGUUGUAUAAUGUUGGGUGUGGAAGCAAAGAAGGGAAUGCUUUUCUUUUGCUACAGUAACAAAAUAAUUUGUAACAUUUCCAGCUGAUGAUAAAGGGAAGUUGACAAUGAAUUGUUUGAUAGGGGGAGAUUUAUAAAAGGCUAAAAGCCAUGGGCAAUUUAAAAGAUUGCACUAGGAUAGGCUUAUUAUUUUCUCCAAGAACAAAAAGAAAAAUGAGUUGAAGCUAUAUUUAUGCAUGCAUCAAGAGAAAUCAAGUCAAGAGCCGACUCAAAGACGAGAUCAUAAUCAUAGUCGUCGUCAAUAGCUGGUUUGUGUAGAGAGACCAAAAACAAUGGAGAAAAGUAGUAGGUUACGUUAGGAUAGGAUAAGGAUAGGAAGGCGGAUGAAGUGAAAUCACACUACCAAGAAAUGGAGUUGUAUAGGUAUAGCAGCAAUGAGCAUCAAGACAUUGACG